AAGAUUUGUUAUUGGAUUCAGUUGACUCGAGGCGGCAGCAGGACGUCUAGGGAAUCGAUUUGCGGUCAGCGACGAACUGGGACGAUUCCACUCCGUCGGACACUUUUCGCCUUUAUUUUUCAGUUGCCUCCGUGUCAUCUCGGCCGCCCUUUCCUUUCGUAUGGUCCCUUCCCAUCGAGGCCCCUAACUUGUGGAACUGACGACGCGGAGUGGGAGCAUUUGCGGAAAGGGGAAAAAAAGCUGCGUUUUUGAUUCCUUGACGACUAGGAGUGGGAUCAGAUUGCUGGAACAAAUUCGCCUACUACUUGGGCUUGUCAGGCAGGAAGCUAGGAGCGGAACGUAAGAGGAGGAGAAGGGAGCGCAGAGGCUCCGGCGAAAGGCUAGGAAGAUGGUAAAGGAGACCGAUUACUAUGACGCUCUUGGGGUCAGUCCGUCGGCCACGGAGGCCGAGAUCAAGAAAGCAUAUUACAUGAAGGCAAGGCAGGUGCAUCCUGAUAAAAACCCAAAUGAUCCUCUUGCAGCUCAAAAUUUUCAGGCUUUGGGUGAGGCAUACCAAGUGUUAAGUGAUCCAACACAACGUCAAGCUUAUGAUGCUUAUGGAAAAUCAGGCAUUUCCACGGACACAAUUAUCGACCCUGCAGCAAUCUUUGCAAUGCUAUUCGGGAGUGAAUUAUUUGAGGACUACAUUGGCCAGCUUGCCAUGGCGUCAAUGGCUUCACUUGAUAUUUUCACUGAAGGAGAACAGACUGAUGCAAAAAAGUUGCAAGAAAAAAUGAGGGCUAUCCAAAAGGAGAGAGAGGAAAAACUUGCUGACAUACUGAAAAACCGGCUCCACCAGCAUGUUCAAGGAAACAAAGAUGAAUUCAUUCGACAUGCUGAAGCUGAGGUCACAAGGCUUUCUAAUGCAGCCUAUGGAGUAGACAUGUUAAAUACUAUAGGCUACAUCUAUGUGAGACAAGCGGCCAAAGAGCUUGGAAAAAAAGCCAUAUACUUGGGUGUUCCAUUUGUUGCUGAAUGGUUUAGAAACAAAGGUCACUUUAUAAAGUCACAAGUAACUGCUGCAACAGGUGCCAUUGCACUAAUGCAGCUACAAGAAGACCUUAAAAAGCAUCUUAGCACUGAAGGCAAUUACACAGAGGAAGAACUUCAAGAAUACAUGCAAAAUCAUAAAAAAGUGAUGGUUGAUUCGUUGUGGAAGCUUAAUGUUGCUGAUAUUGAAGCUACCUUGUCCCGCGUUUGUCAGAUGGUGCUUCAAGAAAACAAUGUCAAGAAAGAGGAGCUCCGUGCUCGAGCCAAAGGUCUAAAAGCUCUUGGAAAAAUAUUCCAGAAGGUUAAAGUUAACAACGGAAGUGAAGAAUCAGAAUCAACACGAAACAAAUUGGGUGGAAAUGAUGGAUGCGAUGGUGGCAGUUCACCAGACACACCACCAAAAUCCCCUAGUGGGCAAUCCUCAUAUGCAAGCCCUUCAGCUACACAGAGUCCAUACGUGGUGGAGGCCCCUCAGUUUACUGCUGCUAACUUCAACUUCCCCAUGCCCACUGCGCCACCCGGCGCUCAAAGAAACCCAUGAUCAUCAUCAACUUGCUUGUUUGUAGUUUUAGCGACUUGCUUUCUUAUGCUUUUCUGGAAAGGUUUGUUGUACAUCAGAGUUUAUAUUUCAUGUCUGGCUUAAUCAUUAUUUCCUGCUGUAGAAAGAUGAUGCCAUGUAAAUAAUAUGUAUUAUACAUGUUUGUAUACUUGAA